AGCAGCCAUAUUGGAAUGCUGGAUGUGGAGAGGGGAAGCAGGAACAGGCGACGAGAGGGAGAGCGAGAAGGGGGAAACGGGCUGGAGCGAAAAAAAACGCUAUCUGAAAGUCCUUCCAGCUCUACAAGUGAAAAUAACGGAUUAUUUACCGACCCUUCACAGCUUCUGUCGCCGGUAAAGUCAACUCAAACCUCUUGGACGUCACCUGGAAUAAGUCAGCAUAUUUCCAGGAUUGCCUACUACACAGAAUAUGACAGACACCUAGCAGCGGCAGUGUCUGCAGGGAAAACCAUGGCGACAGCCUACCUGGACCCCAACCUGAAUCACACCCUCCUCGAAGGGGCCAAGUCCCGACUGAGUGCGGGGGCAUCGGACCGAACCAUGGCCGGCUCCGUGGACAGGGUUCUGAAAGUCUGCCAUCACUUUGAGAGCAACACAGAAAAUAGCUGCUGGUCUUCCAAUAUAAGAUAUGGUGAUGCAACCGAUGUCAGGGGGAUCAUCCAGAAGAUUUUAGACAUCAACAAAGUGCGCUGGACUUCAUGUUUUGGCCUGCGGCUCAGUAACGGUCAAUCCAAAGACCAAGUGCACUGGCUCCACCCAGAUUUGGGCGUGUCCCACGUCAGAGAGAAAUAUGAACAAGCACGGCCAAAUGAAGAGUGGAGAUAUGAGUUAAGAAUCCGAUAUCUACCAAAGGGCUUUGUGCAGCAGUUUACAGAAGACAAACCUACUCUCAACUACUUCUACCACCAGGUGAAGCACGACUACAUGACAGAAAACGGAGAUCAAGUGGAACAAGAUGUAGCUCUCAAACUGGGCUGUCUCGAAAUUAGGAGGUUUUUUAAAGAGAUGAGAGGAAAUGCCCUUGACAAGAAAUCUAACUAUGAACUACUGGAGAAAGACGUUGGUUUGAGGCGGUUUUUCCCAAAAGACCUGCUGGAUUCAGUUAAGGCUAAAACGCUUCGAAAAUUGAUUCAGCAGACAUUUAAGCAAGUAGCCAAUCUUAAUGAUGAGCAGUGCAUCCUGAAGUUCUUGGAGAUACUUGCACCAAUUUACCGCUAUGACAAGGAGUUCUUCAAAUGUGCCCUUGGGUCCAGCUGGGUGAUCCAGGUAGAAUUAGCCAUUGGGCCAGAGGAAGGAAUCAGCUACCUCACUGACAAGGGGUCCACGCCCACCCAUCUAGCAAAUUUUAAUCAAGUCCAGUCCAUCCAGUACUCAGCUAUGGAGGAAAAGGACAGGAAAGGCAUGCUACAACUGAACGUAGCUGGAGCUCCUGAGCCUCUCACAGUUACGACAGCAUCUCUCACCAUGGCGGAGAACUUGGCUGACUUGAUUGAUGGUUACUGUCGACUCGUAUCCAUGGAAACUCACUCCUUCAUUAUCAGAGUUCAGAAAGAGGGAGAGAGAGCGCUGCCUUCCAUCCCAAAACUUUCUAACAGUGAAAAAAAGUUAGAAGCAGUCCGGAGUGGAGUAAGAGCGAUCUCUGUCUCAGAAGAUCUUAGUGGGGAUGAAACUGAUGACUAUGCAGAGAUAGUUGAUGAAGAGGACACCUACACCAUGCCCUCAAUGAGCUAUGGAGUAGUUGAAGCGCGGGACUAUGAGAUCCAGAGGGACAGGAUAGAGUUGGGCCGCUGCAUUGGAGAGGGUCAGUUUGGCGAUGUACACCAAGGAGUCUACAACUGUCCAGACAAAGCAUCUCUAGCUGUCGCCAUUAAGACCUGUAAGAAUUGUACCUCUGACAGCGUCAGAGAAAAGUUCCUGCAAGAAGCACUGACAAUGCGUCAGUUUGACCAUCCUCACAUUGUUAAGCUGAUCGGCGUGAUCACAGAGAACCCGGUGUGGAUCAUCAUGGAGCUCUGUACUCUUGGAGAGUUGCGCUCGUUCCUUCAGGUGAGGAAGUACAGUCUUGACUUGGCCACGCUCAUCCUGUAUGCCUACCAGCUCAGUACAGCUCUAGCCUACCUGGAGAGCAAACGCUUUGUACACAGGGAUAUAGCAGCUCGGAACGUGUUGGUCUCUGCGGUGGACUGUGUGAUGCUUGGAGACUUUGGUCUAUCACGAUACAUGGAGGACAGCUCUUACUACAAAGCUUCUAAAGGUAAACUUCCCAUUAAGUGGAUGGCUCCUGAAUCUAUCAAUUUUAGGAGAUUCACGUCUGCAAGUGAUGUCUGGAUGUUUGGUGUAUGCAUGUGGGAGAUCUUGAUGUACGGCAUCAAGCCCUUCCAGGGGGUGAAAAACAAUGACGUGAUUGGCAGGAUAGAAAACGGGGAGCGCCUGGCGAUGCCUCCCCAGUGUCCGCCCACCCUCUACAGUCUGAUGACCAAAUGUUGGUCAUAUGACCCCAGCAAGCGACCGCGAUUCACUGAACUCAAAACACAACUCAGCACGAUACUGGAGGAAGAGAAGCUCCAGCAAGAGGAGAGACUCCGAAUGGAAAUGAGGAGACAAGUCACAGUUUCGUGGGACCCAGAUGAAGCACCACCCAAACCUAGCAGACCAGGUUACCCCAGUGAAGGCUUCGUCAGCAACUCCCCGCACAACCACUUCCCGCAAUCAGCCCAUGGUGGUGGAGGAGGAGUUGGAGGCAGCUAUCCUCCUACUGAUUCCUGGAAUCCGCACAGACCUGAACAUACUGCACCGUGGAGCCCGAAUAUGGAGGACGUUGGGUGUGUAGGUCAGGCUCUGAUGGAGGAAAGGCUGAUGAUGCAGCAGCAACAGAUGGAGGAUGACCAGCGGUGGUUGGAGCAGGAGGAGAUCUUCAUGAAGGCGGAGUCCAGAAACAGCAGAGGGAGCGUCGACAGGGAGGACGGCACACUACAAGCACCGGGUGGAAGCCAACAUAUCUACCAGCCUGUUGGGAAACCAGAACCUGUGGCACCUCCCAAAAAGCCGCCCCGCCCAGGAGCUCCAGCUAACUUAACCAACCUGCCCAGUCUCUGCCCCGUAGAAAGCUACAAUGAGGGGGUCAAGUUGCAGCCUCAAGAGAUCAGCCCACCUCCCACUGCCAACUUGGAUCGUUCCAACGACAAAGUGUAUGAGAAUGUGACGGGACUGGUUAAAGCUGUGAUCGAGAUGUCGAACAGGAUCCAGCCCGCUGCCCCGGAGGAGUACGUCCCCAUGGUCAAGGAAGUGGGUUUGGCUCUGAGGACUCUGCUGGCCACAGUGGAUGAGACGAUUCCUGUGCUGCCAGCCAGCACACACAGAGAGAUUGAAAUGGCCCAGAAGCUGCUGAAUUCAGAUCUGGCCGAGUUGAUAGCGAAGAUGAAGCUGGCGCAGCAGUAUGUCAUGACGAGUUUACAAAAGGACUACAAGAAACAGAUGCUAAUGGCAGCUCACGCCCUCGCAGUUGACGCCAAGAACCUGCUGGACGUCAUCGACCAAUCACGGCUCAAGAUGAUCAACCAGACCCGCCCACAUUAGCCCGGGAUCUAACCAACUUGGCGGUUUUUGAUGCAGUGAAUCCAAAUGCAGGAGAGGGAAAGAGGGCCCGUGAGUUCUCGGGAAUUUAAUAAGAGACUGAGAAGGAUGGUCAGGUGGACAGAGUGAUGAAGGUCUGACGUGGAAAACCGAUGAACAGCAGACACGACAAACUGAAACAAUCAGCCCCUACCCCCCUCGUCCUCUCUGGAAAAAAGUCAUGUUUGGCCAAUGUUGUGUUGUUUUGUACUUCAGUUGUAUUAUUGCCUUUUUGUAUCCAGAGAAACACUCUUCUGUCUCAUCACAUAUCCUCAAAAAAAAACUUUUUUUCAGAAUCACUCAUUACUCAUUUUAAAUCUUUGAAGAUUCAAAUAAAAUGUCUGGGAAGCUCACUUGAAGGACUGGACAGGUAUUUUUGGUGAAUGGACCCACCAAUCUUUGCCACGAGAACACAUGACUGACACUCCACAAACGCAGGAGGAAGCAACUGGAACUGAAGAGCCUGCAUGAGGAGGAUGAUGAAGAUGAUUUCAUAAAGUUCUUUAAACAUGCUUUUAUAUUAUUGUUAUUAUUAUUAUUAUUGUGGUUGUUGUUGCUAUGUUCAUCCCUGCAGUAUGCCUCUUGUUUUCUUAAACUUUGUAUGAACAAAAAUGAUUGAUUUACACCACGGUUGCUCAUAAUUUCAUCUCUUUUCUCUUUUUUUCACCCCACUCUAAACUUCCUUAUCUCAGGCAUCAAGAUACGGCAUAAAAAUUUGAGUAUUAAAAAAAUGAAACCGCUAUAGGUCUUUUUAAAUAUAAAAACUGCUACAUGCAACUUUUAAAGUUAACUUGCAUAAGUGAAUAUACAAAGAAGCUCUAUUUUUAACUCUCUUCUGAGGCAUGAAUUGUUAGGAAAUAAUAAAUAUUGGAGAGGAGAGAACAGGAGGGAGGAGUGGAAGGGACAAAGGGAGGUAGGGUUUUAAGUUACAGUGGAGGUGCUAAUAUUACUGUACAGCCCUGUGCCAAAUGAACAUUUCACUCAAAACGCAGUGACAUUGCUUAACUGUGGAAUACAAGAACAAGUUUAGCAACAGUUUAACUGUUGUUUCUCUGCUUAUCCUCUAAAAUUUAGAUUGGUUUGUAUAUUAAAGCUCUCUGUACUGUGCCAUCACUUGGGUUGUAUCCUCUUUGUCAAACUUUCAGGUGAUUAGUAGGAGAAUACAGUCUUUGUUGCGCUCUGGUUGUAUCUGUAAUCCACCAACAGUUGUUUUAAAUUAAGGGUGUCGACCUCGUUCGCGAGGGUUUGGUCAUGAUUUUAAAAUAUUAAAUGGUUAUCCUGCCCCCCCCACCUUUCUACCUCCCUCCACUGCAGUUAUUUAUACCUUUUUAAUCCUUCUCUUUUUCUGGUGUAUCUAUUCCUCUCCUCACCUUUGUCUUCCUCCUCUCCUCCCUCUCAUCCUCUCGCUGUUCCCUCUCCCCUGAGGUGAGCAAUAUUCUCAGGAAGGAGACAGUUGUACAGUUGCUAAACCGAGCAAAUAAAACACUGUUAUUAUUGAGAAGCA